CGGGAAAGAAGCUCUGACCCACUUUCCUUCCUUGGGACCCUCAACAAACUCUGCCCAGGGAAAAGUUCACAUGAAGCAGUGUGACUUGCUGAAGCUGUCCCGCAAGCAGAAGAGGCUAUGCCGGAGGGAGCCUGGCUUGGCAGAGACGUUGCGUGAUGCCAUCCGGCUUGGGAUCAUGGAGUGCCAGUACCAGUUUCGCAGUGAGCGCUGGAACUGCAGCCUGGAAGGACGGACUAGUCUGCUGAAGCGAGGUUUUAAGGAAACUGCCUUCCUAUAUGCAGUGUCUUCUGCAGCUCUCACCCACUCAUUGGCCAGAGCAUGUAGUGCUGGGCGCAUGGAGCGCUGCACCUGUGAUGACUCCCCAGACCUGGAGAACCGCAAGGCCUGGCAAUGGGGUGUUUGUGGAGACAACCUCAAAUACAGCACAAAGUUCCUGAAAAAAUUCCUGGGUCAGAAGAGGAUUGGCAAAGACCUACGGGCCAAGGUGGACAUCCACAACACGAAUGUUGGCAUCAAGGCUGUGAAAAAUGGUCUCAAAACCACAUGCAAGUGCCAUGGCGUCUCUGGUUCAUGUGCUGUCCGGACAUGUUGGAAGCAGCUUUCACCUUUCCAUGAGGUUGGACGACUGCUCAAGUUGCGCUAUGAUGAUGCUGUCAAGGUCUUCAGCACCACCAAUGAUGCUGUGGGCCACUCAGAGCUGGCCAGCCCACAGAGACACAGCCAUUCCACCAAGCACCCUGCUUCGCCCCGUGCCACUGACCUGGUGUAUGUGGAGGACUCCCCCAGUUUCUGCCGGCCCAGCAAAUACUCCCUGGGAACUGCUGGGAGGACCUGCUCUCGCGAGGGCAACUGUGACAGCAUGUGUUGUGGACGAGGCUAUAACACCCAGAGCCGGUUGGUUACCUUCUCUUGCCACUGUCAGGUGCAGUGGUGUUGCUAUGUUGAGUGCCAACAGUGCAUGCAGGAAGAGGUGGUCUACAGCUGCAAGCAGUAAAAUCAGCUCUAGAGGGUCCAAACAAAUCCUAGAGUACAAGAAAGAAGUAUGGAGAAUGGGACAUAAUUCUCUACUGUGGGGUAAGGGAAAAAGCAAGCACCAAAAAUGUCUAGUGCUCCUGUUAUCGCAGUGCUGAGAUCCCCAAAUCUGGGGACAGCCCCUGUAUGAGGGGUGAAAACCAGAAGUUUUGCCAGGUAACAGAUCAGGAAGGAGGGAGAGAGAGAGGUAGCAAUAAGGGGGCAGCAGAACCACUGAGGCAGUCAAAAUCUCUCUCUUGAGCUUGUACUCACAAUUGCAGGAAUAUUUCCCCCCCCAUCAUCCCUCACUUGCACAAAUGUAAAUGCAUUGUAGUGGUCAAACUGAAAUAAUGAGGGCUUGCACCUUGUUUCGUGGAGACAAGAGAAGAAAGGAACUGGAGAGGCAACUGAGCAGAGACUGCAUUCUGAUGUAGCAGAGACAGGCAUGUUCCUGCACCAAGGCAAAAUGACUCUGGCAACAGGGGAUUUUAAGUUAUGUUCUCUGGAAGCUGGUUGAAUCUUCUCUGCUUUGAACUCAAAUACACUGUUGAGUAGCUUCAUUUUGAUGCAAGAAUUGUGCCUCAGAAAUACCACUUUACAAAGAAAUGGAGCUCAUGUCCAUCAUAUGCACAAUAUGGGCAUUAGACUUCAAGCACAUUGUAACCAUGUUUUAACCUUGCUGUACACAGGAAACUUGGAACUGUAUCUGAUAAAGUGCAUGUAUCACAGAACUCAGCUGAGGUCCGUGAAGUAAUAAUCCUUUGCAGCAUACUGCCUCGCAGGAGGUUGUUUUGUGGUGGUGGAUCCAGGGUGAUGGUGCUAAUUAUGCAUCUAUUUUGUUUUUGUCGCUGUUGUUGUUUUUCCUGAUCAAACUUUCAUUGCCUCUUUUGUCUUAAAUGUACGACUCUGCCCUGGUGCCCAGUGUGCAUCACAUCCCACAAUUCUGCCCUUUGCAAAUGAGAAGUAAAAUUUCUGAAAGGGAAUUAAGAACUACAGUAACCAGAGCAUUUAAAAAAUUUGCAAGUCAUAAAUGACAAUCCCUGCACUGAGAAGCUAGAUAUAUCUAGACAAUAGAGGCAUCUAACAUGAGAGAAGGUGACCUGUGAGAAGAGCACUGUCCAGAGAAGCACAGAACCACAGACUGGUUGAGGCUGAAAGAAACAACAGUUGCAGCUCUGUCAGCCUUUCCUGAGGAGAAGAUGCUCCAGUCCCUGGAGAGUUGCUCCAGUCCCUUCAUCAUCUUUGUGGCCUCUUUGCUGGACUGUCUCCAGUAUGCCCAUGUCUCGCUUGUAGUGAGGAGCCCAGAACGGGACAUGUUGCUCCAGAUGUGGCCUCACCAGUGCUAGGAUCACCUUUUUCAACCUGCUGGCAAUGCCUAAUGCAGCCUAAUGUUAGCCUUCUUUGUGGCAAGGGCACACUGGCUAUUCAUGUAAUCCUAUUACAGAAUUGUCAUACCUUGGCAUCGAGUCGUGUUUUUAUGGUUAACUUUAAGUUGAGCACAAUGGAAGCAGCCUGUUUUGUGUCUUAGUUUGUGUCUUAAAAUACAGUCUUGGGAAUGGCAGUGAGGCAGUCUCUGACCUGGCCUCCAUGCACACAUAGAGGUGUGGAGCACAACCUGAGUGCCGAGUUUACAGUUAGUAAGAGGUUCCCAGUUUGUAUGGUGAGCAGCUCUGGAGGGUCCCUGAGAAAACAAAGGUGCUGCAUUUACUUAUCCUUGGUAAUGGUUAUAAGUCAGUGAGCAGGAUGCUGCUGUGGAGUUUGGAUAAUGCUAAAAAGAAUAUUUAAAUACUCAUCCUCAGAUCAAAAUUCAGAGGCAAUAUAAUGGAUGAAGAUGCUGGUUUAGGUCAUCUGGAUCAACUGAGCCAUAGGCUGAAUUGGUCAGGGUUUCAAUGGGAUUCAGUUCUCCUAAAGUGCAGUGAGAUCUCACCUGUGUGCUCCAGCUUUUGAGUGUUCAUUUACACAUUGAAAAAUUACUUUGCAGUGGUAAAUGUGUACUCACAUUAUCUUGACAUUGUUUCUCUUUGGUUUUUACAACUAUUCUUGAUUUCUGCUUCAUAAAAGGAUGGGAGAGAACUGGCUCAAAGCAGAUCUAGCCAUUAACUAACUGUUUAGAGGCCAUUAACACCUUUCCUUUGGCUAUCUACAGGUCUCUUAAUGGGCUUAUUACUCUUUACCCCUUGUUCUGGCUUAAGUUGACUUGGACUGAAUCAAAGUGUUUAUGACAGAUAUAAUGCUGCAAAUUGGGUUAAUUGGCCUUUUUAAAUACCCCAGAAAUUAAUAUUGAGCAGACCAUUAUUUACAUGUUGCUUUAAAUCUUUUUGGAGUUGAAAUCUUCCCACGGGUCUCAAUGUUCUUGAUGAAAAAGUAUCCCAAUGAAUUAAAAUUGUUAGGAACAGGAAUCAUAGGUGAAGGGACAAAGGAACUAGCUCUCAUCUGUACUAUUUAUCCCAGGCAGUUUGCUCUACUGACCUCCUGGCUUGCACAGCAUCUGAGGGCAAAGAAGUACCCUGUCACUUAAGGUUUAUUUGUCAAUGUUAUAUUGACAUAUUUACUAUGUCAUUACAUGGAGCGUUCUCAUUUAAACAGGGACUGGGACAUGGGCAGAGGGAGAAAGCACAGUUGGAUACCAAAGAAUGAUAUCCAACUGUUAGUGGAUAAGGACUUGUUAGUGUUAGGUCAGAGGUUGGACUAGGUGAUCUUGGAGGUCUUUUCCAACCUAGAUGAUUCUGUGGUUCUGUGAUGCACCACUCUGUCCUUUUGCCUUAAAAAAUUACAUUUCUUGGUUGCCCACUGGACCAGUAAAUUCUGGGCAUGCACUAAACACUCUCUACACUGAGAUCUCAUAAUCUGAGGGCAGGUAGGAUGCUCCUAGGUGGUGGAAACUAUUCCUGAUGAACUCAUUCCAUUUUAUUCCCUCUUUGAGCUAAUGUUGACAGAGUGAACUAAGGGGAUUCCAUUAGACACUAUACUAUAGAUUGGGAUUCACACAUUAUGUAAGUCGUGCCUGUCUAAUCAGCAGUCACUGCAGGCAAGAGCUCAGGAUGGAACUGUUUUUCUACAACAGUACAUUCUGUCUCCAGCUUUGCCAUGAAAUUGUUUUAAUAAAAAAAAUCCACUUCUUUAAUCUUCUAGUAAUGUUAUCUGAGUCAGUGUUAGCUGCUGACAGAUGGAUUUCAGGAAGGGGUUGUGAAUCUGCUCUCUCAUUUAGGAAAAGAGUAGGCUUUUUAUGUCUCAAGGAGUGUUAGGUCUUCACUUCAGAGCUUUGUGUUUAGUGAGCUCUAGGUGACCCUGCUGAGUAGCGCUGUGAUUGACCCUUGCAGUAGGAACAGUUAAGCUGUGCACUGGGAGCUAUGGUCAAUGGAACUCUGAUGCAUUCCUGCCCUGCAAAACCAACAGGACCUACUGAAGAAGAUCUACAGUUCAUCUCACGUAUAACUGAAAGUCUGCUUUCUCCCCUACCCACUUACUCCAGUCACAGAAUAGAAGUUGAAAGCUGGUUGAGGUGGCUGAUGGGCUACAGGCUAGAUGGUAGCCUCAUUGGACCUGGC